CAAUGAUAAAAUCAACCAGCAGUUCUUUCUGAAUGUUCACCAGGUGUAUAUGUUUAUCAUCACUUGCUAUCGUAGUGAAAUAGUGAAGUGAUAUCUAUUUCUUUUUAUACAAAUUAAUUAAGUAUGAGUUAACGAGAAGUGCAAGAACAAUAUAUGAUUUUUCUUAUUUUAUUGGAACAAUUGAAUAUAUAUUGUAAGAUUUUUCGAAAUGGAGUUAAGGUACAUAGUGUUAACAAUAAUUAAAAUUCUCCUAUCAGUACCUGCAAUCGUUCUUAUAAUUGAUAACCACGCGGAAGCUGCAGCUUUAAUCAAAGAAAACAGCAAACGAAAUAACACACCCGGCGUUUUUAAUUCCCAUUCUUAUGCUGCGUCAAUCAUUGACAAUUUGGAUGUGAACAACAAUAUUACAAAUGAAGAAGCUGAUCGAUCAAAACACAACAGUUCACAUGAUUAUGACAAAAUUAGGGUAAUCAGUCACGAAUAUGAAAAAAGCGAAGAAAUUCCAAAUCCAUCUCCACUGGUAGUUCCCGGAUAUAAUCUUCCAGAAACCAUUUUCAACAAGGGGAAACCGUUUUAUUUAGAAAAAGAUCCAGUCACAGGAACAGUUAAUUUUAGCAGCAAGACGGGCUCUUCAAACGAAGAUUACGAUUAUUAUGAAGACGAAGUAAAUCCAGAAAUAUAUGACAAAAGUAGCAUUGAUAGGAAGGACGGAGAACUUUAUGGACACCAUAAAGGACAUAGGCCCAGUGACAUCAAUCAACUCACCCCCAACAUCCACGAUUUUUUGAAUCUACCGGUUAAAUAUAAUCCCGAUAAACACGUUUAUCCUUUAAUAUCAAGUUCUUAUGCAAACACCAAGAUACAGGGAAACAUAAAUAAACAUUACAAUCAUAAAGAUGAAAAUAUUUCAUACAGCUCAUACAAAUCAACUUCUAGUCCUUCGUACAGUUCAAAAACUCAAUAUUCUAAAUACAACGUCAACAAUUUGGUGAAAACUACCGAAAAAAGUACUACCACAAUUACAACUACCACUACUACUACUACACCAAGACCAUCAAUAAAAUCAACCCGUCCAGCCCCUAGCACAACCACGAGUUCUUACAAUCUAAUGAACAGUUUCAUGAAUCAUCCCAGUUAUGGGGCAACGCAACUUCAAAUUACAAACAAACCAAGGCCAAACGACAUUUAUCUAACAACAAAUAAUAUGAACAACAUUCAUUUAACUACAAGAACUCCAGUUCAAUUUACUACGACCACAAAAAGAACUUUAAGUCUAUUUGAACAACUUUUUGGCAAUUUUGAUGAUAUUGAACUGACUGAGAGACCAACAUCUUCUAAGGCACCCUCUACAACUGUGCCACCAUAUACAACAAAAACUAAUAGUCCAAUAAUUGUAAAUGCUACCAAUCAUAAAGAAAUAGAAAAUGCUCCUUCUGUUAUCGACCCAGAACCAGAAUAUGAAUACGAAGAUUACUAUAGCAGCGAAAACGACAAUGUUGCUGUUGAAAGCAAUCCAUCCAAAAUGGAACUUAAAGUAAAUCAUACUAAACACUCUAACACUGAAGAAAAUCAGCAUCCUUCUCAACCUCUUACUACAACUAAAUCUGUCAACUAUUUCUCCACAACGACUUCUCAUAAACCAAGCAAAUUUUCGAUACAUUCAAGCCCACAAUCAACGUCACAGUUAUAUUCCACCAGUACUACACCAUUUGUUACGAAAACAACAGAAAAGGUAACUUCUCUACCGUUAGGGGACAAUCACUUUGGAAGCUAUUACAAUCCUCCUGCAGUGGUUUCACUUUCUCAUGACAUCAGAGACAAUUUAAAUAAAGAAAAAGUCCCCUAUAUACAAACCUAUGACAAUACUGUACUUAAACCUGUGCCUAGUUCAAACAACAUUCGUAUAGCCCCACACCAAGAUACCGUUUCAUUUGUUGUUGGAAAUCAUCAGAAUGUACAAGGAGAUUCGUCCUAUUCUGCAGAUCACAACAAAAACGACGGAAACAUUCCAGGAGAAUUUUACUCUGAUCAUUCUUACACUAAAGGAGGCAUAUACGACGUGGGACAUUUGCAACCACAUUUUUCUUCAGAAGCGAACCAAGACGUGGUCCAUUACACAGUUCAAACUAAAAUAGAACACGGAGAGCCGUCUGCCAUCGGCGGAAAUAAGCAAAAAGUUGAAGGUAGUGUCAGCACCGUAAAUUUACAACCUAUUCAAACAUCGGAAGCUUCAGUAGCAAUAGGUAUACCUUUAGAUUCAGUAAAGAAAAUACCAGGCCAAGUUGUAGAUGAAAAAUUAGACAACGAAAACAUUAAAUUCCCGAAGAAAGGCUCAGGUGCAAAAAUCGUUUUCCCUAAAGAAGAUCAAUAUACUACAUCGUCAAAAAAACCUCUGGUUCCCAAGCAACCUACGAAACAACCUCCCAUUAAUCGAGAGGUCUUAAGCUUAAAUUCAAAACCAAUUUUUCACCAACUACCAAGCGAUCUUACACCUCCCAGCGAGACAGAAAUUUCACCAUCGCGACUGGACAGACCCCGACCACCUUGGGAUCCCAGACCUGGCCACUUCUAUAACGGGCGACCAGAAUAUUCCAGACCACCAAAACCAUACUCAAAAUACGAACCCUAUAAAAGAAUAGACAGCCUUCCAAAUAUUUUGCCACAAUUUAGACCAAACAUGAAAGUCAAUUCUGGACCGCACUUUAUGGAUCACAAGAAAAUUUUACGACCUCCUAUGAUAGACAGACAACCCAAUAGAGCCCCAAAUUACUAUGAAAAAUUAGUUCCCCCAGCUCCACCAAAACAUUUGCAGAGUUUGAGAAAACUUCCACCGCCCCCACUAUUCGAAACCGAGACUUCAGAAUCUAAUUUUUUGUUCUAUAAUCAACACCAAAAGAGUCCCCAAGCAAUAACAAUAAAUCCCAUCAACUUAUCUCCAAAACCGCCUCAAACGAAAAUAGCGAACAGAAGACAGAGCGAAAGUGACGAAAUCGAAACUUUACAGAUGAUACAAGCGAAAAACACAGAAAUAAAAGAGCAAAACACUGUAACUACCCAUAAAGAAACUACCCAAAAUCCACUUUACGUUGUAUACCCUGUCAAUAGUACCCCUGCUAAAUUACAGAAUAGUGACAAGGGCAAAAAGGAAACAGUUAUUGUGGGUACUCGUGCAGAGUUACCUUUACCACCAUCAGAAAUCCACGAGGAUUUUCCCUUUGAUAAAUUAUCAAACAGAGAUGACGACCCUAUUUUAAAACCACAAACUAAGCCAGCUUCUUAUAAUGUUAAAACAAAUUUUCCAUAUCGUUUAGAGAAACCCGAAUUCUCGUCGAGUUCCACCUCAACUGAAAAUAAUUUCAAUAACUUACAAAGUAUAGAAGGAAUAUUAUCAAAUAAUCAAUGGAACACGUUGGAUGACUCUGAGUCAAAAUUGCACAGUAAAAAUCCAAACGAAAUAUCCUCAAAUUUGCAUAUUUACACAGAAAAGCCAAUCGCUGUGGCCUACACACCAACCGAAUCUCACCAUAAAAUUGACUCAACGAAACAAGAAAUUGGCGAAAUCAACAACAGCAAAUAUUCAAUGCCCAAUUACGGCGGCUCAGUAAUUUCUGAAAUUCGCGAUGAGCCUUUUCCAAAAUUUCAAAUUGAACUUGAUAAUAAAUACCUAACUUCUAAAAAGAAAUAUUUCGAAAAUCACAAGAUUCAAGAAGAAACAACUAGUGUAAAGGAUGAACCGCCGAAACUUGAUUUCCAGGCUCCAUUUCAAGCAAGCAUAAAUUUAGAUUCUGUGUCUCAAGGAUGGACAGUUGUAAGAAAUAAAGAGAAAUCAGAAAUCGACAGAUCAGAUGAUGAAAUAACAACGACAUCUGUUGAUACAACAAGUGAAUUCGAUAUUGAAAAUUUUAAACCUCAACUAUUUGGAGGAUUCAAACCCUUAUACAGUCAACCAGACGAAGCUGGAGGUAACAUUACAGAUAGACAAGAACGUUAAGUGAAGUUUUAGAGACUUUAUCAGCAUAAAAAAAGGACAAUCUUGUCAAAACUUGCACACAAGGAUUUAAAUUGUCUUUUUGCUAACUGACAGAUUAGAUCGAUGAACUACAAUUAUUUAAUAAUUGACUUCGGUUUUAUUGUUUACAAUAGUUGAUAAACCCAAAUAAAUUUAUAUGUGCAUAUCAACGAGCGAGUUAUGUGAAAGUCAGCGUAAUUACAAAUAAAAAAAAUGCGAAAUAAGACUGCCAAUUCCAACAUAUAAAAUAAGAAAUUAAAAUCGCAUGUAAUAGAUCUA